AGCAGCAGUAAUUUGAUAUUGUCAAACCAAGUUAGCCUAUUCUAGAUGGUCCAAUAGGUUCCUUGGCUUGACAAGAAGCAAAGUCUGUGUCAGCAUCUUGAUGUUAUCACGCCAUAGCACUUCCUUUUAGUUGUAUAGUGUAUCCAUCAGAACAGUCUCGGUGUACAGUCUCAUAAUAGGUUCCACAACUUUGUUCCAUUCAAGUUCAGCAGAGUUACUCAACCUGCAUCAUCACAGAGAUAUAUGUCUUGUAAGGCUUAUUCACGCAAACUACCAGAAUUCACCAUCCUUCAGAUUAUGUUUCCAUUUCGUUUGUUUCUCUUUAAAAUCUAUAGAACUGGUGAUGAUAGAUUAACUAUUGUAUAGUUUCUUAACCCUCUAUGGGAAGCACACGUUGUUCCACCUCUAUGUUUUCUCUGAGAGAAACUCUGUUUUCUUUUUGGGGUAAUAAAUUGCAGUUUAGCUUAGAAACUAAUACAUUGUUGCGAUUAAAACGAUUGGCCGGCCUUACAGAAAAGGAAAGAAAAGCAUAUAGAAACAGAGCAGAGUUCUCUGCACCUUGGCUUAGAGCAGUUCUUAAUCCAAAAGAGAGGUACUUUGGUCGACAAGAGGAUGCUCUGUUUCUGAUAGUUUGAUCGAUAGCUUUGAACAUUUGAGUUUCAGUUGUAUGUUUGAGAAGUGAAGUCUAUUGUUUGGCGAGCAAGAUAUUAUAUAUACAAGUUGUCCCACAUCGGAAAGCCAACUUAUUCUACUAAGACAAACAUGAGUAUAUAAUGGAGUCCCAUAUAUUUAAUUAAAUAAAUGUAUUUUUUUAUGAAACGUUACAAAAAUCCUUUUGAAGCAGCAAUUGAGGAGGAGGAGGAGGAGGAGGAGGAGCGAGAUGAAUCUCCUCCAGAAUCACCUGUUUCCGACAGUGGCAGAGGCGUAGAUGGCAGUGAAGAAGAUGUUGGCCAUCUCCGUCAGGUGAAGAAACUUAAAACCUCUGACAAUAUGGAAGUUGAUCUCACCCAAAUCCCAACUGUUGAAGCUAGUGAUCGUGAGAAGAAGGUAGCCAAGAUGCAUGCCGUUAUAUCGCAAUUCACAGAGGAUCAAAUGAGCAGAUAUGAAUGUUUCAGGAGAUCUACUCUUCAUAAAUCAAACAUGAAGAAGCUAUUAGAGAGUAUAACAGGGAUUAAGAAUAUGAACAACGACGACCCUAGGCUUUCGGUUAUUAGUGGUAUAGCAAAAAUGUUUGUUGGUGAGCUCGUGGAAACAGCUCGACUAAUUAUGGUAAAAAGGAACGAAGCAGGACACAUCAGGCCUUGCCAUAUCCGAGAGUCCUACCGCAGGCUCAAGCUCCAAGGGAAAGUGAUACAAAGGACAGUUCCCCGCCUUUUCCGCUAAGUCAGAGAGUGACUCUGAGAAAGACAAAUCACUAUAUCUUAAAAGCCAAACCCAUAACAUAAGAAUUGUUUUGUUUUCUGUUUUGCUUUAUAAAUGUGCUGGUACUAUUCGGAUAAAAAAAAGACAAAUAGACCGGUAAGGGAAUGAAAACAUAGUUCACAAAUCACAACCCAAGAAAACAGACAUAAAUAAAAGUCUUUGCGUUAAAGUCGUGAAUGAUUUAUGCACAUGUACCAAAACCUGACUAAGCCUCAAUUCACAUGCUCAAAAUCUCACUAUCAAGUUUUUUAGCUUUUUGUGUUUCUAUGUACCAAUCAUGUUUCUUUUCAUGAUUCAGAUUGACAGUUGUCUCCUAAAUACCAUUUACUGUAAUGAUCCCGAGCCAAAUGAAGUCAUAAAGAACAAGCCUGGUUCUCGUGGGAGGAGAAUCAUCACUU